GAUGGCGAUAGAAACACAUGUAUGAGGACAACUGAUAUAGGUCUAUCCUCUACAUACAAAACUGUUUGGUGGACUGUAGAUCUCGGAGCCAAUUACAGCAUUUACAGCAUUAGUAUAGAUUUUAAAGACUAUAAGGAGUUUGGAGAUUACGAGAUGAGACAAAGAGGCCGUUUUGCUGGAUUUUCUCUUUACCUUUCUUACACACCUAAUAUAAAGGAUGAUGUUCUUUGUUACAAAAACACGCUUCCAUUACCUCCCUUAAAGUUUAAUACAACGUGUAUUGGAUAUGGUCGUUACGUCAUCUAUUACAACGAAAGACUGGAUGGAGUUUCUUACCCUGAAGGAUACCAAACUCUGAAUCUCUACACUGAGCUAUGUGAAGUGACAGUACAAGGUUGUGUAGAAGAAGGAUUUUAUGGAAGUAACUGUAGCAUACAUUGUCCAAUCAACUGUCAAAAUCAGAGAUGUAACAUAGUCAACGGAGCAUGCCUGGGGUGUUUUCCUGGAUAUGUAGGGGAGAUGUGCGAAGGCGAAUGUGCAUGGGGGUUUUAUGGUAUGGAAUGCAAAAAGAAAUGUGGACAUUGUAAAAGAAACACUUCAUGUAACCACGUGACUGGUAAUUGUGAUAGAGGAUGUGCCGCUGGCUGGAUUGGGAAACAGUGUAAUCAACGUAAUUAUAAACGAAGUAGCCUAACAAAAAAGAGAAUGGAUUUUGUGAAUUCGGUUGUAGCAUCGGAUAUUCUGGAAAUCUCUGUAAGGAUGUCUGUCAGGAAAGCUAUUAUGGUGAAAACUGUUCUAACCUUUGUCCAACAAAAUGCCGUUAUACAUGUCACCAUGUACAGGGAACCUGCAUUGAAGAUGAAGCGUCAACAGGACAAUGGAAACUAG